UAAGUGAAAGAUAUGCAAAACAAUUAAAAUAUAUUCUUAUAUGUUACCUUGAACCAAUUUAACGAUCAAAUUUUGCGGAAUACGUUUGCUAACAGUUUUGGCGAAAAUGAGGAACAGCGGGCAGUUACGGACAGUGAACAUGAAGUGGGUGACGUUGACGACGUUAGCCAUCGUCGUCUUCGUUGAUGCAACCCGUUUCGUGGAUCCUGUAUCAAAGGAACCUGUGCCAGAUUAUUUCGGGGAUGGUAUUGAACAAAUACAUAAAAGAAACACUGCGCUGAAAGCUGUUUACGAGGGGGAUCAAGUGUGGAGGCUCUACAAGCAUAACGAUACGAUAGUGAAUAAUUAUGUGGACGAAUACGAAUCAUACGGUUCAUUUUCGAUAUGGUCAAAUCAACCAUCGUCUGUCGAUAUUUUCGUAAAAAGCCAAAUGCUUGAUACCGUUGAAACGCAUCUCAGACAAAGUGGGAUAAAAUAUGACGUGCUGAUCGAAGAUGUUCAAAGAGCGAUCGAAGAAGAGAAUGUUCCUCUUUCGGUACAAAUGGCAGCUGAUCUUGAAGGACGCAAAGGUCAUCGGAUGGAAUGGUCCAGCUACCAUGGCUUAGAUGACAUCAACAACUAUCUUGAUUAUCUCGUGACCACUUAUCCCGAUGUCUGUUCCGUUCAAACGAUCGGUCAGUCUGUCGAAGGUCGGCCACUCAAGCUCCUGAGAAUCAGUAACGGUUAUAAAAACGCACCUGCGAUAUGGAUCGAUGGCGGAAUUCAUGCCAGGGAAUGGAUUUCACCAGCAUCUGUGACAUAUAUUAUUGACUAUCUUGUUGAAAACAGCGAAAAUCUAAAAUUGGACUUCUACAUUUUACCAGUUGUAAAUCCGGAUGGAUAUCAAUAUUCUAUUGACCAUGAUCGUUUAUGGAGAAAGAAUAGAAGGAAAGCCGGCAGAUGCGUAGGUACUGAUUUAAACAGGAACUUUGGAUAUCGCUGGGGUGGAAAGGGGACUAGCAAGAAUAUGUGUCAUGAAACGUACCCAGGUAGUAAAGCAUUCUCCGAGCCAGAAACUAGUGCCAUCAGCAACUUCUUUUUGGCGAGUUCAGCAAAUUUCAAGGCGUAUAUAAGCUUCCAUAGUUAUGGACAAUACAUUUUGUACCCUUGGGGAUAUGACCAACGUUUACCGCCUGAUUAUCUCGAUCUUGAUAAUGUUGGUCGUGAAGCAGCUGAAGCAAUGAAGCAGACAACAAAUGAUAAAACCGUGUAUACCGUCGGAAAUUCCGCAAUCACGUUGUACCCAGCUGCUGGCGGUUCUGAUGACUGGGCUAAGGCUGUUCUCAAGAUCAAGUAUGCAUACACCGUCGAACUGCGAGACACUGGUAGAUACGGCUUCAUGCUUCCUUCUCGUUACAUUACUUCUACGGCCAAGGAAGCGCUUGCUUUCGUAAAUACACUUACGAAAACAAUUCUUAACGAGGGUUAAUUAUGUAAUAACAUUUACGUUAUCCAGACGUCGUAAACGGAUUGCCAAAUAUAUUUAUAAAAUGUAUUUGAUUGGAGAAGUUUGACUAAGGUAGUGAGUCUUCUGAUCAGCUGACUUCCUGCCGUAUUUUAUAUACUGUAUGAAAACCUAAAGGAAUUCUUAUGACAUUCAGAUCGCAUGUUCAGGACUACUGUUUUAUAACAUAAAGAUAUCUAAAGUUUUACAAUAUAAGGAUACUGUAUGAAUGUAUCCUUUUAUAAUAGCAAAACUUCAGUUAAUACGAUAUAUCAAAAAAUCU